UUCAUCUUCAAUUUUCAGUCUAUUGAUGCAAAAGCUCAGAAAGCACUUGAAUGUCCUUGUAUAGCUCAUUUGAGGAAUGGGCCAUGUGGUAACCAAUUUUCUGCUGCCUUCCUUUGCUUUCUGAAGAGCACUGCUGAAGAAAAGGGCUCGGAUUGUGUGCACCCAUUUGUGGCUUUGCAGAGUUGUAUAAAAGCAAAUCCUGGUGCAUUUUCGAAAGAAGUUCUUGAUGACAAAGAAGAAGAAAAAACAAAGACAGGAGAAGAAGAACCUGCUAAGGUGCCCAAAAGGAUACUCCCGCCAAUCUGGUCAGUUGAAUCGAGAAAAUCGAAAGCCACUAAGCCACUUAACGAUUGAUUCAUUUUGAUUCUCCAUUAAUCAAUGUUUAAUUCUUUACAACCUAGACUUAAUCUGGUAUUUGCAACCAGAUAUGCCUUAAUUCUCAUAUCAGAUUCUGGCUAAUCCUAGAUACUCUAUUAGCAAGUUUUUU